AUGAGCGUACACGCCACGCCGAUGCUGAGCGAUACGAUCGAUACGAUGCGAGUGGAUAUACUGCAGAACAACGAAGAAAUAGCAGUGCUGCACUUGUCUAUCACGCGCUUACCUCUAUCGUGUAGUAAACGUGAUGACCUCGUGGAGCAGGAGCUGGACAUCCUCCCAAGCGAUGCCAACAUUCGCCUGUCUAACAAGAGUCCACUAGAGCUCGCAUGUGGGAAAAUGCCCCCCGUCAGUUACGUCGGGGGCAGGAUCAGAUCACAAGGCGCGCUGCACCCGUAUGCAGUGUUUGAGAGCAGGCGCGGUAGUUUGUUUAGAGGACAACUUGCAGGUAAUCGCGUUAAGCAUCAGAUAUCCAUCCUCGACGAUAGUAGGGUUUCCCCGAUUACCUCAUUCGUUCUUAUCAUCGCUAACCAGGCUAAACACUGCUGCGUGUGGAGCAGGAAUCUUGAUGGUCUGGCUAAGCGGUACGAUCUCACUCAAUAUCAUAAGUCUCAGGGUAUGAUCUUCAACCCUGCCGGAGCAGCUGGUGGAUGA